AAGUGGUUACCCUGCGUCAUUUUAACGGUUUUGCCUACCUGGUGGCGGAUAUUCCGGUUAGGUUUUUGUUGUUAACGUGAACUUUCCACACCUGUCGUCGCGAGUGAUUAUUUUUCGGCUAGUGCGCGAACCUCCAACUCACCUCUCUGGUCGAUUUUUGUAGUUCGGUCCACCGACAAUGUCGGCACUGGACCGUUUUCCACCUUUCGAUGAUACCGGUGGGGGAACUUCUGUUCGCCCCAUAUUGAACACCCUUAAUGGAUCCUAUGCCGGCCGUACUAUUCCUACGUGGCUCGACCCGAACAACGAUCAUGGUCAACUUACAAUUUUGAAGAUGGAAGGCGUGGGUGGCCCAUUACCGAACAGGCCAUGUCUUCUUCGCACUUCCGUAGAAAAGUGGAUAGGAGGUAAAAUCGUCGGUGGUUUUCCGGAAGGACGAGGUAUCUCGUACGCUCUUAAGAUACGGAACCCAAAACAUGUUGAGAAACUUCUGACAAUGAAAGUGUUGGCUGACGGAACAAACAUCAAAAUCAGCAAGCAUCCUAACCUCAACAAAUCUAAAUGUGUUGUCAGCUGUUUCGAAGCGAAAGAUACGAGUGAUCAGGAACUAAAGGAAAAUCUUGCUCCGCAAGGUGUUACUGAUUUCCGCAGAAUCAAACGUAGGAUCGGACACGAACAGUAUGAGAACACUGCAUCCAUCAUUCUCACUUUCGAUGGCACUGUUAUACCAGAUCACGUUGAUUUCGGUUGGCUGCGUUGCAAGACAAGGCCUUAUUAUCCGGCUCCAAUGCAAUGCUUUUGCUGUUGGAGUUUCGGACAUACCAGAACACGAUGUAAGCAACCACAAUCAACAUGCGGUAAUUGCUCUCAGGAUCACCCCUUCGACGAAACAAACAAAUGCGACAACGAACCAUUCUGCAAACGCUGCAAUAUGCAUAACCACAGUCUCUCGAGCAGGAAAUGCCCAACGUACGUCGAGGAAAACACAAUACAACGAAUCAGAAUUGACAUGGGAAUAUCGUAUCAUUCAGCGAAAAAAGUGUUCGAGCAAUCCAACAGUUCCCGGACUUUUUCAGCAGUAACAUCGGCUGGUAAGGAUGAAACCAUUGCGAACCUAAGUAAAAAAGUUGACCAACUUUUGCUAGAGAUGACAAAUAAGGACAAGCGCAUAGCGUCCCUUGAGGCAACCCUAAACAACAAAGGGAAAGAAAGUUCUCGACUCGACCUAGUACGGCAACAUGGUACUAUCGAAGAUUUGAUUACCGAAGUAGUGAAACUAAAAUCUGAUUUAGCAAUGAAAGAUCGAGAAAAUUACCUCCUCCGAGAGUUAUACGGGAAAAAAGUGCCACAACCAGAAGAACCUAUCUCACCGAAAUCAACUAACUCUAUUUUUUCUCAACAAUCUACCCCAUCACCUGAAUAUGAGCCAAUAAUGCAGAACAACGAAGAACAAACACGCAGCUGGGUGCAAAGAGCUCAGCCUAACGUAUCAACCAAGGAAAAAAAGCAGAGAAUCAAGAACAAGAAGCCGUCAUCCUCCGUUGAAAGCGAUUGCAGUACGCUUAUCCCCAGCCUGGCUUUAAAAGAUAAAACACCAAAGAGAACACACUUGCCAACAGAUUCAGACGAUUCAACCGGUCGCUCAAAAAGCAAGAUAACCGCUAACAACAGCAUAAACAUAUCUGUCAUCUCCUCAGGAGAAGAAGGUGCUGAUAUGGAAAGUUGAAGGAAGAAUACCUACAUGCAUAUAAGCAAUCAUCCUCUAUGAACACUGCUUCUAUAAUUUAUCAUUUGUUAAUGAUUAUAAUUUUCGAUUCAAAAAUUAGCUUUACAGAGUCUACCAGUCUAGAGGAUACGAUUGCUAUCAACACAACUCACGACAUUUCUACUAGCACGCUCACGAGUGACGGGUUUAUUAAGCACACCCACUCCAGUACACAUCACCGCCCAAAUAAUACUGAAAUUCCUAGUGCAUCAAUAGACAAAAAAUAUAAACUAAGACGAUCAGCUCGCAUUAAAGCAAAGAAAGACCUAACACCACUGGCAUCGGAAAAAGCAUCAACGAACAGUUCUACACUGUUGCCAGCAGCGGCAUGUGGUGCCACCAUAUAUGACGCCAUUAAUCUACUUCGACAUGGAACCAGUCCCCCACAGCCUAGUUGUUCAUUAUUAACGCCCCCCUUUCAAAUUUCAGCUGACCGACCACCUUCAGCGACAUCAGCAACUCCUAUCAUACAGCAGCUCGCAUCUCAAGCACUUCCACGUGAAAAUACUACUACAGGUACCCGGUUUGCCAUCCAGUGGAACAUCAAUGGCUUCAAUAAUAAUUUAGCAGACAUCGAACUACUCUGCCAGACCAACCCACCUAUUGCUCUAGUAUUACAGGAGGUCCACCGUACGAGCCACGAAAGAAUGGACCGUUCACUAUCCGGCAGAUAUCGCUGGACUUAUAAAUGCGGUCAAAACAUAUACCAUUCAGUAGCUAUUGGAAUUCUAGCUCAUCUACCAUUCACAAUAAUCCAACUAGACACCGAC